UGUGGACGCCCUUCUAAUGUGCUGUGUAUACUGUGAUAAUGUGGAUUGUUGUUGUAUUAUAUCAAUUUCAAAUAUAAUCUGUGUUCUUUAUAUGUGUUAAGUUUAAAUAUUAAUAAAAUGAAAUUAUUCGUUAUUUUUUUAUUGAUAAUUGUAAAUGUUACCAAUAAUGGGAGAGCUUCUUUGGAAACUUUUAGUGUGAUGAGUGACAAUUGGCUACUUGAAGAUACUACAAAAAAUUCAGCUUCAUCAUGCUACAGACCUUGUAAAUUUAAUGUGGAGCCAAGAUUUUGUCAAUACAACUUCGUGAUAGAGCCCACUGUGACAGAAAAUGGGAGAGCAGCUAUUACUAUUAAUGGAGUCACUCCAGGGCCUCCAAUAAACGUCUGUGUCAAUGACUUUGUAGUGGUGAAAGUUACGAAUAAGAUUCCUGAUCAGGAUCUAGCUAUACAUUGGCACGGAGUGGAACAGGUAGCACCCCAUAUGGACGGUGUUCCAAUGGUCACCCAAUGUCCAAUAUCUUAUGGAUCUAGUUAUACCUACAUCUUCAAUGCGAUAUCGCCUGGAACUUUUUUUUAUCAUGCUGAUUCUGUAUCUCAUCACAGUGAUGGUGUCUACGGUUCAUUCGUGGUGAAUCAACCUCAGCCUCUAGACCACCAUUCCACUUUAUACGAUUAUGAUAGAAGUUCCGAAAACACUUUGCUUAUUGGUGCAAGGUUUCCCAAGCUGUUUACAGCAAAUCUCAAUGAUAUGAGUCAACUGGCGCCAGAUACAAUUAUAAUUAAUGGAGGCGAAGACAGCUACAAGUUGUUUGUUAUGCAAGGCUACGCUUAUAGAUUGAGGUUGAUCAAUGCAAUUGCUAUUGAGUGUCCCGUAGUUGCAAGUAUAGACAAGCAUGAAAUGACGGUUAUCGCAACAGACGGGAAAGCAGUAAAACCGGUGGUCACUAGGAGCGUGCAACUGUACCCAGGUGAACGAAUGGAUGUCGUAGUUCGUGCGUCUCAGGAAAAUGGCGGAUACUGGUUGAAGGUUCACGGAAUUGGCGCUUGCGCAGGCCUGGCCACCGAUGCUAUGUUAAUAUAUUCCGGUUUCAACUAUACCACGAUGUUACAAAACAAACAGGCAGAUCCAAUAAACACUGAAAGUGGCAGAGACACUGGACGUCCAGUCUUUGGACAAAUGCUGAAGUCUAAACAAAAUGUAGCCUAUGACAAACCCUUGAAAACUGUAUAUUUGAGUAUCGACAAGAAGGUUGUCAAACACGAGGACAGUGAGAAUGAUUUUCGUUAUGUCAGCGAUGCUGUGCCAAAGAAACCGUUCUUUCCUGCAGCACUAUCAUUACAGGACGGUGUUGUACAAAUAAAUGGUAAAAGUUUUCUCUAUCCUGCUACACCGGCUAUCUUAAGUCCUCGAUAUGCGAAAUUGAAUUAUGUCUGCCCAGUUGGAGAAGAGAACAAGUCACAGGAUCCCCAGUGUGUACAGAUUCUAACUUCUCCCGAGGGUGCUGUAGUCGAACUAGUCUUGUUGAAUGAAGGUUUCGGUAGUAACGAUUCUUAUACAUUCCAUUUACAUGGAUUUACUAUGCAAGUGGUUGCAACAGGGCAGAAUCUUGAUAAAAAACCCAUAUCGCUAACGGAAUUUAAAAAACUCGAUGAGUCUCGAAAAAUUGACAGGAACUUGAUAAAUCCGCCUGUAAAGGACACUGUAACUGUACCGAAUAAAGGAUACACAGUGGUGAGACUGAGGACAGACCGCGGAGGUAGCUGGAUGCUGGAGUGUCGGUCCUGCAGUCUAUCCUCCUUACCAACAGCAAUUCUCAUAAGUGUGCCCAGAUCAUUACCUUUACCAGAACAAAUUAUAAAAGCGCUAUCGUUAUGUGGCAAUUACAAGCCUCCAGAUGUUCUACUAAAUUAACGUUUUAGUUAAUUACAGACUGAUUUUAAAAUUAUUGAAGUAAUAGCAUAAGUAUAUCCAUGAGUAUGUGAAAAUUAUUAUUAAAACAGACUUUAAAGAUAUUGGGUACUUUAAAUAACCUUGUUAACUUAACUGGCUGUUUUAAACUGUUAAUUUAUUAUUUACUUACAUUGUAUAUAGUAAAAUACGUUUCAAGUAUAAAUUCUCUUCGAUUAAAAAAUAAAAUAGCUUAAGUAUAAAAUUUUAACUUAAAUUUUGUUGCAAUUGUCAAAACCAUAAAUGUACCUAUAUUAAUAUGAAGAAUAAUAUUUUUUAUUCUAAGGGAAUUAUUUCAGGAAACUCAUUCUAGAUAGAACUAUUUUAUAAAAUACUCUGCAGAGUAAAACAAUUUUGUAGAGUAUUGCUAAGGUUUAUAUUAUUAAAAAUGUGAUUAACUUAUUAAUAAGUGAAUAAAAAAAUACU